AUGCGCUUUUUGAAUUCAAUCUUGCUGGCGGUCUACCUAGGAGCUUCCUUUGUAUUCGCACUAUCUGAACAAGCAACCAGAUUCUACAAGCAGCUUUCGGUGCUUGAAGAAAAGCUUGACAAGAAUCGAAAAGCGAUCGAUCAAUACAAUGGGGGUAUCUUGGCUACUGGUCCACUUGGGACUUCUGCGUAUGAAUUAUGGAGUGCGUUUAGGAUUGGAAAUGUUCAAUUGCGUGAGGCUACUGCCAAUGGCACAGUCUGCCCUCCGGAAGAGCGCGCGGAUGUCAUGGAGGCUAUUUACAAGUUUGGCUUCGAUGGAGUCCAGACAAUGAGGGUUUACAAAAAGAAGCAAUCAGUACUCAGGGACUCUCGAAUGGGCUUCAUUACACCUAUAUUUUUGGAUGCCAUCUUGCGUGAGAUUGAGGAGGCUGAAUCUUACUCACGUUCUGUGCUGGGUAAUGAAUAUGAUGACCAAAUCAGUCGAAGCUAUGGGCUUUUUAAAAAAGAGUGGACUUCUGUUUUUGAUGCAUUCACGGCGAACCUGCAACCCGACUUGGGAUUUGCACAAGAUUACAAGGGAUUUAUGUCGACGAUGCAGCCAAUUCUUGGCAUUCUUUUUUAG